ACCGUCUGUCAUUUCUCCCUCCAAUAAUAUAAGUAAAGUUACUAGAGUACACUCUUUACACUUGUACCGUUCCCGGUAUCUCUCGGCGGCAAAAAACGACGCCGUACUAACAACAACAUCACCAGGACGAAGAUGUUGUCUCUUUCACUCUCACCAACACGCACUCUCGCUCUUUCCAAUAGGUACGAGGGGGUUGCUCUCUCGCACCGGACGAAGCUCCCCGGUGAUCUCCCGCGCAGUUCAAGUUCAAUCGCGUUUAAUCCUCUCAGAUAUUCGGUCGAUUUUAAAGAAACGGCGGUCGUGAUGGCGAAGAAGAGAAGAGGAUUAAGUGCGGUUUGUUACGCUUCACCUCUAACGGCUCGUAGUCUUCAGUGGAUCUCUACCAUUUCUUCAGCGGUUUUGAUGGUUACGAAAGGCACAGCUAUUCAGAAAUCGUUUCUUGUUCCGUUAUUUGCUCUACAAGCACCAGCAAGUAUCAUCUCUUGGAUCAAAGGUGAAUAUGGUGUUUGGACUGCAUUCUUGGCACUUCUUGUUCGUCUCUUCUUCUUUAUUCCUGGGGAGCUUGAGCUACCAUUGAUGGCAUUACUCUUGGUUCUUGUGACUCCUCAUCAAGUCAUGAGUCAAAGGGGAGCGCAACCAGGUGUGAUUAUCGCCUUGCUGAUUGCAGGAUAUCUUGCUUUCCAGCAUUUUUCACGGGCAGGAAGCUUGCAAAAAGCCUUUGAGCAAGGCUCAGUUAUUGCCACCUUGGGCAUCAUUGUUAUCACCAUCGUCUCAUGCUUUUUCUUGUUCUGAAAUCAUGGAGUUGUUCUGUCAAUCAUCUGUAAAUUACUGUCUACUUAAAGGGUUACUGAAAUAAGCGAAUCAUUACGAUUCCUGAUCCUCUCUUCUUGCUCAUGUAUAAAAAUGCGUGCAAUUUCUUUGACAGAGAAUAUUUUUGUAUGCCCAGAAUAUAUUGGCUUGAUUUGUUAUGUAGAACUACUAUUUACAAAUUAAGCUUGCUUCUGA